UUUUUAACGGGAAGAUGGCGGUGUCCCGUCGCUCGUCGCAGCAGCAGAGUGCCCUGCAGUCACCGCCGCGGACAGCUGCCAUUUCCUCACCCUCUCCAGACUCACAAGUCGUCGUGGAAUCGGUAGCUAUGAUUGCUUCGGUGAACGGUCAGGAAUGCGGUGGGGUGACCGAAACAGCCGCGGCCUCACCAGAGCGGCCCGCUCCGGCACUCGGUGGCUCCAGUUGCGGUAGUAUCAGCUCCCCCACGACCGUCGGAGGGGGCAGCACUGGCAACUCCAGUCCUGGGUCGGAAAACGCUAGUCCGGUGGACGGCGCCUGCGGGCCUGGAGGGGCUUUUCGAGAGCUGUUUGAGGCCUGCCGUAAUGGAGAUGUGUCUCGGGUAAAAAGGCUAGUGGACACGGUAAAUGUAAACGCUAAAGACAUGGCAGGGAGGAAAUCUACUCCAUUACACUUCGCUGCAGGCUUCGGGAGAAAAGAUGUUGUGGAGCACCUUUUGCAGACCGGUGCUAACGUUCAUUCACGGGACGAUGGUGGCUUGAUACCGCUGCACAAUGCAUGUUCGUUCGGCCAUGCGGAGGUGGUGAGUCUGCUCCUGCGGCAGGGAGCAGACCCAAAUGCUCGCGACAACUGGAACUACACACCGCUGCACGAGGCAGCUAUUAAGGGCAAAAUAGACGUGUGCAUCGUGCUGCUUCAACACGGCGCUGAUCCGAACAUCCGCAACACUGAUGGCAAAUCCGCCCUGGACCUGGCUGAUCCCACAGCUAAAGCUGUUCUCACUGGGGAAUAUAAAAAGGAUGAACUGCUGGAGGCUGCCAGGAGCGGGAACGAGGAGAGACUGAUGGCUUUGCUCACUCCAUUAAAUGUAAAUUGUCAUGCAAGUGAUGGGCGCAAGUCAACUCCUCUUCACCUGGCAGCAGGUUAUAACCGCGUUCGCAUCGUUCAGCUGUUACUGCAGUAUGGUGCUGAUGUCCAUGCCAAGGACAAAGGAGGCCUGGUCCCUCUCCAUAACGCCUGCUCUUAUGGACACUAUGAAGUCACAGAGCUGCUGCUGAAGCACGGAGCCUGUGUGAACGCGAUGGACCUCUGGCAGUUCACACCUCUCCAUGAGGCAGCCUCCAAAAACCGUGUGGAGGUGUGUUCUCUGCUCCUCAGUCAUGGAGCUGACCCCACCAUCACCAAUUGCCAUGGGAAGAGUGCGAUGGAUGUUGCCCCCACACCCGACCUCAGAGAGAGACUCAGCUAUGAGUUCAGAGGGCACUCGCUGCUACAAGCGGCACGUGAAGCAGAUGUUGCGAAAGUGAAAAAGAGUGUUCUGGAAAUCAUCAGCUUCAAACAUCCCCACUCUCACGACACUGCACUGCACUGUGCUGUGGCCUCAUCCCAUCCUAAACGGAAACAGGUGACGGAGCUGCUGCUGAGGAAAGGAGCCAAUGUCCAUGAGAAGAACAAGGACUUCAUGACAGCGUUCCACGUCGCUGCCGACAAAGCUCACAAUGACGCGUUAGAGGUGUUACAGAAGCAUGGCGCCAUGGUGAAUGCUGUCGACACAUUAGGACAGACUGCACUGCACCGGGCAGCUCUCGCAGGACACAUUCAAACUUGCCGGCUGUUGCUAGGAUACGGGGCAGAUCCAUUGCUGGUGUCGCUGCAGGGCUUCACGGCAGCUCAGAUGGGCAAUGAGGCGAUCCAGCAGAUCCUGACUGAGAAUAUUCCGGUGGGUAACUCUGACAUGGAUUACCGGUUUUUGGAGGCAGCUAAAGCAGGAGACCUGGAUACUGUGAAGCAACUCUGCUCUCCACAAAACGUGAACUGCAGGGACCUAGAGGGUCGUCACUCCACUCCGCUGCAUUUUGCUGCUGGCUACAACCGUGUGGCCGUGGUGGAGUACCUGCUUCACCACGGGGCGGAUGUUCAUGCCAAAGACAAAGGGGGUCUGGUCCCGUUACAUAACGCCUGCUCGUAUGGCCACUAUGAGGUGGCGGAGUUGCUGGUCAGACACGGAGCAUCUGUAAACGUCGCUGACCUCUGGAAGUUCACACCUCUCCACGAGGCUGCAGCCAAAGGGAAAUAUGAGAUCUGUAAACUGCUCCUGAAGCAUGGUGCUGACCCGUCUAAGAAGAACCGGGACGGGAACAUUGCUCUGGACAUGGUGAAAGACGGAGACACUGACAUCCAGGACCUGCUGAGAGGGGACGCUGCCCUGCUGGACGCGGCAAAGAAAGGCUGCCUGGCACGCGUCCAAAAACUCUGCAGCCCCGAAAACAUCAACUGUAGAGACACACAGGGCAGAAACUCCACACCCCUCCACCUGGCAGCUGGCUAUAAUAACCUGGAGGUGGCAGAGUACCUUCUGGAACAUGGAGCGGAUGUAAAUGCCCAGGAUAAGGGCGGCCUGAUUCCCCUCCAUAACGCAGCGUCGUAUGGGCAUGUAGAUAUUGCAGCCUUGCUGAUCAAGUUUAACACGUGUGUGAAUGCCACGGACAAAUGGGCGUUUACUCCCCUUCACGAGGCCGCCCAGAAGGGGCGGACCCAGCUGUGUGCCCUGCUAUUGGCCCAUGGUGCUGACCCCACCAUGAGGAAUCAAGAAGGUCAAACAGCUCUGGACCUUGCUACGGCCGAUGACAUCCGUGCGUUGCUCAUUGAUGCGAUGCCUCCAGAUGCUCUGCCAGUCUGUUUUAAACCUCAGACCACUGUGGUCAGCGCCUCCCUUAGCACCUCCCUCAGCACCUCCCUCAUCUCUCCCGCCUCCACCCCAUCUUGCCUCCCCGCCAUGGGCAGCACUGAUAACCUGGCCGGACCUCCGCUGGGAGACGGAGCGGGAGGCGCAGUGGGGGCUGCAGGCUACGCUGAUGGAGCGUCUGGCAUGGAGGGGAAAGAAGGAGAGAUGUUAGAUAUGAAUGUUUCUCAGUUCCUCAAGACUCUGGGCCUGGAACACCUCAGAGAGAUUUUUGAGAGAGAACAGAUCUCUCUGGAUGUCCUGGCUGAUAUGGGACAUGAAGAACUGAAGGAGAUUGGUGUCAAUGCAUACGGCCACAGACACAAACUCAUCAAAGGCACAGAGAGACUGCUGGGAGGCCAGCAAGGGGCAAAUCCAUACCUGACGUUCCACUGUACUAAUCAGGGCACAGUCCUCAUAGACCUGGCUGUGGAUGACAAAGAGUUUCAGUCUGUGGAGGAAGAGAUGCAGAGCACAAUCCGUGAACAUAGAGAUGGUGGAAAUGCAGGUGGCAUCUUUAACAGAUACAAGGUCAUUAAGAUCCAGAAAGUAGUGAAUAAAAAGCUAAGGGAGAGAUACACACAUCGGCAGAAAGAGAUCGGCGAUGAAAACCAUAAUCAGCACAACGAGCGCAUGCUCUUUCACGGGUCUCCUUUCAUAAACGCCAUCAUCCAUAAAGGUUUUGACGAGCGGCAUGCCUACAUUGGCGGGAUGUUUGGAGCUGGAAUCUACUUUGCGGAAAACUCCUCCAAAAGCAAUCAGUAUGUGUACGGGAUUGGAGGCGGCACAGGUUGUCCUACACACAAAGACCGGUCCUGCUACACCUGUCACAGGCACAUGCUGUUCUGUCGAGUGACACUGGGGAAGUCCUUCCUACAGUUCAGUGCCAUGAAGAUGGCCCAUGCCCCGCCCGGACACCACUCUGUGAUUGGUCGGCCCAGCGUAAAUGGCCUCGCUUACGCUGAAUACGUUAUCUACCGAGGAGAACAGGCCUAUCCGGAGUACCUCAUCACAUAUCAGAUUGUCAGACCAGAGAGCACGACCCAGUCUGCAGCCGGAGCUGAGAGCAAAUCAUAG